AUGAGAAAUCGUACAACAAUAACAACAUUCAUCCUGCUGGGAUUGACAGAUGACCCAAAACUACAAGUGGUGCUUUUCAUAUUUUUGUUUCUCACCUACAUGUUAAGUGUGGCUGGGAACCUCACCAUUAUCACCCUCACGCUUUGGGAUUCCCGUCUUAAAACUCCCAUGUAUUUUUUUCUCCGAAAUUUCUCUUUCUUAGAAGUCUCAUUCACCACUGUCUGUAUUCCUAGAUUCCUAUACACUAUGACAACUGGAGAUAAAACUGUUACCUAUAAUGCUUGUGCCACCCAAAUAUUUUUCGUUGUCCUCUUUGCAGCAACAGAAUUUUUUCUUCUUGCUGCCAUGUCCUAUGACCGCUAUGUGGCCAUUUGUAAGCCCCUGCAUUACACAACCAUCAUGAACAACAGAGUCUGCACCAUACUCAUUCUCUGCUGUUGGCUUGCUGGCCUGUUAAUCAUCCUCCCACCUCUCAGUGUGGGUCUCCAGCUGGAAUUCUGUGACUCGAAUGAGAUUGAUCAUUUUGGCUGUGAUACAUCUCCCAUUAUAGAGAUAACUUGCUCAGACACAGAAUUUAUAGACAGAAUUAUCUUGAGUUUUUCCAUAGUGACACUCAUUAUUACCCUAGUAUGUGUUGUACUCUCCUAUACAUACAUCAUCAAGACCAUUUUAAAAUUCCCUUCUGCCCAACAAAGGAAAAAGGCCUUCUCUACCUGCUCUUCUCAUAUGAUUGUGGUUUCCAUCACCUAUGGCAGCUGCAUCUCCAUCUACGUCAAACCUUCAGCAAAGGAAGGAGUGGCCAUCAAUAAGGUGGUGUCUCUACUGGCUACUUCAGUUGCCCCACUGCUUAACCCAUUCAUUUACACCCUUCGAAACAAGCAAGUGAAAGACGCCUUCAAAGAUGCAGUAAAACGAAUUGCAUUUCUCACAAAAUAA